UCUCCUCCCGCAUUCCUCUCCUCCUCCUCGGCCGGCAGGUAGUGUGUGCGGUACUGGAGGAUGAUGACGGUGGCGGCGCUGGUGAUGGUCUUGGCGGCUCUGCCCUGCAUGCUAUACGGUCGGGUGGUGCAGGACGGGGAGGAUGGCUUCGCGGAGUGUAAUCGCUUCUUCUACCGGGACAGCCCGCCGGAGGGGUUCGCCCACCCGGGACAGGUCCGCAUCUGCCAGAGGUACCGGGGGGACCCGCACUCCGCCACCCUGUACAGCACCGAGCACCGGAUCCCCCUCUACUCCGCAUUCAUCUACCGGGAGGAGGCCACCCCGGGGGCGGAGGAAUGGAUGCUGGAGCCGCAGCUGGAUGAUUCAAAGAGCAGUUUGGAUGAAGGCCACCUGGCCCGGCAGCAGACUGAAGGCCUCGGCACUAAUCAGGCCUUAGAGGAAGAUUACACCUCAACGGAUACCAGCCAGGACUGCUCUUUCACAGAGCUCCAAGCCAUGCUUACUAAUGCUGUGCCACUCCCUCAGAACUUCAAGGAGAAAUGGGCCACGGAUGUGGAUGAGCUGAUUAAGGAGAAGUUGGUGCCUCAAUGCGGCAGCGAAGGGAACUUGCACAUUAUUGCUGGUGCUGUUCCGUCUAGUAAUCAAAUGAGGACAAAAGUGAGCAUUCCAGAAUAUGUCUGGCUUGCAGCUUAUUGCGGUGUUCCUGCAUGGUCUUUAGGAGUCAUCAGAGCAGUCGGAGAUGUAGAUGGUCUAGAACAGGUUACUCUGGGAGAACUGCAAAGUAGAUUGCCUGGUGAUAUAAAGUUAUUCUCCAGUCAGGAUGGUGGAGGAGCCAUGUCUCCUCAACAAGGAACAUCUGAAUCCGCCACCCAACAUAGACGAGGGUCCCGCGAGCCAGGAGCCUUUUCUAGGUGCUUCCAGCUCCUUUUCUGCAUUGUCUAUGAAGUUGUGAAGAACGUCUUUUGCCUAGUGUGGUUCCUGGUCAAACAAGUCCUUAAUUUAGUUUUUGGAAGACUGUACUGGAUCUGGACUGCGGCCACCACUUACGUUUUUGCUCUGAGCAAAGUUUUGUUGAACAUCCCAUGUGACAUCUUCAGAGUUCUCUCAAAUAUCCUCUGUGGUUUUUUCCGCAUUCUUAACAUGUGAUUUCUGCUGUUUGCCUCGUACUUAGGCUGCGACAGAUUCCUGUGUGACAUGGCCUGCUUUCCAUAUUAUACAAUUUGUGCCAUCCAGACGUGGGCAUUGACUACUAAGUGGUAUCUGUGGUGUGAUAGGUUUGGGUUCCAUGCUGUGUUUGGCGCAUUUUGGGGGCUCAUCUCUGUGGCUUCCUUUGCAGGCAACAGUUUUUUCUCAAAGUUAUUUGGACAGUCCGAGGGUUAUGAAAACGAACUAGUCUCGCAAACCUAGAACCGUGACCAUACUGCUGAUUGAUGUGCUAGCACUUUCCUGCAAGUCGUUUGAAUUUCCUGUGGAAACUAGAUCAAAUUAGCUUUUCUUUUUUUUUUCUUAAAUCCUAUCAGAAUAUUGUACUUCCACAGGAGUUAGACAUGUUUAGGUGCCAGGAACACUCUGGCUUUUUAUUAGUAUAUUCAAUAGAAACAACCAGCUAGCUUUGGAGCUCAUCAUCAAAUCUGAGAUGCCACCAGUAUGAUUGAGUUUCUGUUCAUAGGACAGAGAAUAGCUGUAAAAAAUUGGCUUGUGCAAUGGUAGUUUAAAAUACACUGUUUGAGCUCUGAGUAAUAAAAAAAAUACAUAUGUGUAUAUAUGGUACAUGCAUAGGAAAAGCAGGUUGAGCCAAUAUUGGCAGGUGGAUCAACGAGACAGGUAACGUGAUUGUUUUAUGAGAGAGGAUUUUGACAUGACUUUGCAUCGCCUGUUUUUAAUUUAUUUUUU